AGCAACGGAAGCGACCUGGAUGUUGAAAUCAGUUCACCUCUGCGGAGACACUAGGUCCAGGGGAGACGUGGGGCUCCGGCGUCCCAUGGCCCCUCAUGGCGUCUGUCCUAAUGAGAAGUUAGGGCCCGGCAUGGUCCCCCGUGCACACAGUGCUCUCCCUGUAGGUGAAGAUGUCACGGUGUCGUUUGCUGGGAUUCCCCACAUCCAAGGGGCCACGAAUCCGUCCGGCCAGACCAAUUCCCUCACUGCAGGGAGCGGAGCCCGCAGACCCCCUGGCACACAGCCCUGAAGGGCCCCCAGCUGGGCAGCAGGUGGAAGGAAGGCCAGUGAUGUGGCCGAUUCAGACAGCGGCUUUGAGGUGCCUUCACUUUCUGUUUGGGUCAGUGACCCCCCCCUGAGGCCCCCAAGCUGGGGCUGGCCCUCCUCGCUCUCAUGGGGCCCGGAAAGGUGACCAGACCAGGGAUCACCUUGCAGGCCAAGUGGUGACACCAGCUCCACGAGGGGAAGGGCCAGUGGCAGGCACGGGCUGCCUAGGACACCUCGCUCAGAUUCUGCCUGGGACACCCCCCAGACCAAGGAACCCCCCCCUUGUUAGACCUGAAGGGCCCCCAGCUGUCCAGCACCUCCUUCCCCCGGGCUGUAAAUCAGGGACAUCUGCUUUCCUCACUGCAUAGUUUCCGUCUUCCUGGGAACACUUUGUCUCUGCCACGUGAGCAUAGGGACUGGACGCCAUCCAGCUCCUCCCUGCGGCCCUCCGCCCUCCCCCUGCAGCGGGGGCCCCGGGACCCCGAGAGCAAGCCCCGGCCUUCUCUGCCUAACACCGGACCCCCAGCCCCCAGGGCGGGAUGCCUCGCAGGCCUGAGGGCAGGGGCCGGGUCUGAGCAUUCUGGCGGGCGCGUGUGCGUGUGAAGGGGUCCACGCCGGCCCCUCGCUCCCCUGCUGCUGGGCUGUGCGGCCCUGGGGCACGGGGCAGCUGUGUCCUUCGCUACCACAAAUGUUGACCGAGCCCUGCCUGAGGCCCCAGGUGCUGGAAGGCACUGCCCCUCACCCCCAGAGGAGCACAGGCCCUGCGGCAGAUGGUGCCAGAGACCGCCCACAUGGCUGGAGCCCCUUCAGGCGUCAGGGACAGUCUAGGGACGCAGGAAGAACCCCGCCCCCUGCCACUAAGGCCAACUUCAGUAGGACUGAUUUUUUAAAUUCAGCCGUGUUUUUGAGGAAAGACAAAGUGCGAGAGGUAGGGCUGCCAUCCAUGGAAAGGUGGCCGCGGGGCAGCCCCUGCCGGGUCUGUCGGAAUCAUCAGCUUCUCUGCAGACCUGCGCCCUGAGCCAGAGGAGGCCCGUCCUCACGGCGCAGGAGGCGCCAGGCGGCUGGUCGUGCUCGAGGAGCUGUGGCCCCGGGGGUCGUGCAGAGGUGCCCACCAUGCCGCGUCUCAGGGGUUGUGCUGGGUGGGAAUCCCGCGCAUUUGACCCCAUUGUGUCCGACUCGCAGGAAAGGUGCAGGAACACCGAACGACGUUUGUCGGGCACCCGGUCGCCGCUGGCCACGUGACCUCGCACGCCUGCUAUUUGAGCCUGAACCUUUUUCUCGUUCAUCUUCUGUAGCCUUUAACGUGACAUCUGCCUUGGGGACAAUUUCCAGUGGGUCUGACCCAACCGAAAGGUGUUUCCUCCAGAUUUGCCAGGAGUAUCCUGCAUGGAAAUCUGAUUUCCUGGAAUUAUUACUCAGUCUUCCUCAGUGAUCUGAAUUGCCCAUUAAGCAGGAGUGGAUGUCUCCGUUCCUGUCAAGUUCUGGAAUCUUCCAGCCGGGCCGUCUCUGUCAGGAAGGCUUGCGUGAGCUCUGGGAAGUGCUUGUGUUUGGUGACGGAAGGAGCACUUUGGGCCUAGAAUUAAUCCGGGAACCACCCACGUGGGCUGUUCGGGCCAGUUCUAGGUGCUUCUGGGUCUUAUCAGGGGGCAUCUCCCUCCCUCCCCAGAUAUGCCUCCGGUCACCAUCGCUCUCCCAGCCCCGAGACCUGUCAGGUGGCAGCAGAAAUUUCUGGGGACCAGACGAGAGGGUGCUGCCCUCUUGUCCCGAGGCCGCCCACACGCAAGCAGGCCAGACCCUUUUCUCAUCAGCCAUGAGCCAUGUCCCACAUCCUGCGGCUCACUGACCAGCUAGAUGGGGCCUGGGCUCCGUGUGGCAUCGUCCAAAGCCACGUUUCCGCGCGGGGAGCGGGGGCAGUGACAUCUGGCAUGGCCGCGCGGAUGGCUCCCUGAGGUGUUUCUCCAACCCAGACCCGUCCCCUGAGCUCAGGUCUUGUCGUGCACCGCCAUCCCCCAGAGAGUGUCCCUCCCCAGCCACAGGCCACCUCUGUCACCUGCCGCCCACCCUGAGUUCUAAAGUGAGGCUCGGGCACUUGUGGGGUGAACGUUUGGUCCUGGGACAGCAAGCGCAUCACCCGCCCGGCACUGAGGUUGCCCUGGGUCCAGCUGGCCCUGGGUCUUGUGGGUCAGUUUCCCACGGGUGGUCUCGGGCUGGCCCCUGGAGCUGCCAUCCCGACGGUCCCCCCACCCCGAGCAGCGUGUCCCGAGCUGCACCCCACCCGCGGUCACACGAGGGGUGCUGCGCGGCCUGCAAAGGUGCUUCCUGUGCCUGGCGGGGUCGAGCCCAGGGUGGCAAAUGCACGACUCGGCAAGUCCCUCCAGACGCGGCUCCGUCACGUAGCCUGGCCCCCGGCGUCCCACGGGCCUACGUCCGUGCGGACGGGACAGAGCCGCGGUGAUCAUGGGGCCUGUCGCCCCGGGGACACUGACGUGCCUGCGGACCCUGGCAGUGGCUUCAGCUGACGGUGGGCAGCAGGCAGCUGUGGGCACAGGGGCUGGUGGACCGCCAACGCUGCCCACCGCAGCCGCACAGUGUCCUGGUCGGGAGCUUGGGCCACGAUCGGCCCGUCCCCUUAAAGCCCUGCGGGGAAUCAACUCAAAUGCUCCCCUGCCCUCUCGGGCUCCCCGCCCCUCACCGGCACUGCGCGACACCCUUCCUUCACCCAGAGGGGCCUGCGCCGCUCCCUCUUCCUCUGUGGCCCGGGCCGCUGACUUCCUGGGGCUCCAGGCCUGCUGUGGGCUUGGCCUGCAGCCUCGGCCCCGGAAGCCGCCAGUGCACGGGGCGCAUCUCAGCUGUGCAGCCGCGUCCUUGGAGAAGGCUCCCCCGACCUCCACAUCCCAGAGCCCCUUCCUGCGGCUGCGGCUGCGGCUGGCCUCCCUGUUCCUGACCUCAGGGCACGGCUGUCACCCUGAAAGGAUCCCAGAGCCCUUUGCUUACUGUUGUUGCAGUGGUGACUGGGUUCAGCAGCUGAGUUCCCAGCGAGGGUGGAAAAUUACAACAGGAAACCUAGAUACGAGGCCCUUUCCACAGACAGGGAAUUGUUUUUCCCUCCUAAGUGGGGAGCAGGGCUCUCAGGGUGGCUUGUGGGGCUCCUGCCAUUGUUCGUUCAUUCCAAGCAGCAGGAAGAACAUAGGUCCAGGAGCAAAGCUUUGUCCCGAGACUUGCCAGAGAAAUCCCCCACCCACGCCCCUGCCCUGGUCACAAGGCGUAGGACGCGGCGGCCCUGAGGACACAGCACUGAGUGCGGAGGCAUCCCCCUGUCUGCCCGCAGUGCUUGUUCAAGCGUUGGGGAAAGAGGAGGCACUGCUUGGGGGCCGUGGGUCACGGGCCACCCCCACCCCAAGUGGCUCCGGGCCACGGGUACAGGACGGAGGGUCAUCUUGACAGACUCCCCAGUGCCACACACACCCUGGGGAGGUAGGUUGGCGGCUGCCUGGGUGCCUGCUGGACAAGGCUGCGUCGGUGUCCCCUGCAGCUGCUCCCACAAUGGCGUGGGCAGGGCAGGCCCACUCAGCAGGAUUGGAUUUGGGGCUGGUCCCCCGGAUGGUGGCCGGACGGCUGCCUCCCACGGGGGCACCGCCCAGGGUUGCUACCUUGGGCAGCAUGAGAGCCUCAUGGCUUCUCGGGACUCAGAGCCCCGUGCUUUUGCCUCGGGGCCGAGGCUCCCUGGUCUGAGUGCGUCCGUGGGAGCCUGUCCCGUCCCGCCCAUCAGAGCUUGGCUGCCAGGCAGUCAGCUGUAUGGCUGGCCUGGAGGCAUCUGGGAAGCAGCUCUGUGUCCUCUGCCUGGCCUGGGAGAGGAGCCCAUCAUGGGAAUGGAAGGUCAUGUCCUCUUCUGGAUGCCCUGUUCCUUCCCACCGGGUGGCAGCCGCCUUCAACCCUGCCACGCACCAGACACGGUCACUCGAACCGCACGGCAUCCCUCCCAGGGAGCGGAGACGGUCAGAGGACCAGGGCUUGGGGCCGUGGCUGCAGCCACUGGAUGGGACGAGCGUCCGUGAGGAGCGCUUGGGGGUGGGGGCAUCUCCACCUGUGGCGGGGACCUGGUGUCCCUCUUGCGGAACCUGCCAGGUAGUGACACAUCUGUCUCCGCCCAGGCAGGAGGCGGAAAUGGUCUCUGACACGUUAUCGGGAGUGGAGGAGGGGUGGGCUCUGUCGCUUCUGGAACACCAACCCCCCCACCCCAUGGUGCCAGCCCUGUGUCCCUGGGCCUGGGUCAGGCUGGGUGGGCCAGGUCCCCAUAGUCUGGGCUGCUGGGCAGGGGUGCUUACAUCUGGGGAUGCUCUGAAGCCACCAGAAAAGUCAGGAGCGAGGCCAGUGCAGGACCCAGUGCCCCAUGAGAGACGUGGGGACGGGCACUGGCCCACUGGAGGGGACAGCCUUUGUCUCGCCCAUUUUGAGCCCAGCCACGCAGCCACAGCCGCCCCCGUGAAGAAGCCUCCCUGAACCCACGCCCAGCGAGCACAGCUUUCCAUGGAGCUGAAUUCUAGGUGAGUGUGGCCUCCCCUUGGAUGCCUCCAUGACAGGGAGCUCAACCCUCCACAGGCCUUCAACACUUGAGCUCAGCCACAAACACCUGAAUGUCCAUUUUUAACAUUGAUCCAAAAUACGCUUUUCUGAAACUUCCAUUCCUGGGGUCACCUGGGCUUUCACGUGUAGAAUACGAUGAGCCCCUCAGAACCCAGACCGUGGGCCAGGUGCAGGCUCUCCCAUCACCAGCUGUAAGGGACUCCUCGAUCACACACACCCCUGGGCCUUCGAGGAAGGAUGGCUCUGAGGACACGGCCGCCUGUCCCUCCUCGGGGCAGAUAUCCUCCUCACUCGCACGCAGGCACCCACGGAGCUGAGGGCUCUCCCGGGCCGAAGAAGUCUCUGCAGACCGAGCGUCCGCAGUAAACGUCCCCAGUGCACAUGAAGACGUGGGCUGGGGGGUCGCGGAGUCAUCGCUGGCUGGUGCGGACGGGGGCGGGCGGCCACCCCUGCAAGCUGGAGCCUGCCUGUGGUCCUUCCACAGACGCCCUCCUGGGCGGCUCCAGGCUGAAGGUCAGCGCUUGGCUGCUGGGCAGCUUCCUGGCCGAGACCAGCCGUCCACCCAGAGGCGGGCAGCUUUGCGCCAGAGGGCCUGGGUGGGAUGUCCAUGUUGAAGGACAGGGUUGGAGCAGCCCCUGGCAGGGGGGCAGGCUGGGUCAUCCUUCUGGGAUGGGGAGAAGGGCUGGGGCCCCACUCACACGACCCCUGACCCACAGCCUUCAGCUGCUGACCCUGGGCCCGUGGAAGUGCCAGCUCGGCCCACCUCGGACCUUGUUCCUGGUCCUGUGGGGCCAGUGCUCUGCCCCCUCCCCAUGACCAACCAUGGGACUCAGGGGCCUCGGGAGGGAGAGGCUGGGGCCAGCAGAGCGGGAAAGGCGCUGGAGCAGAGUCCAGAGGAAGCCCAGCGCCCCUGCGACUCCUGGGAACGCGGGUCCGGGUCUGCAGACCCAACGGCCUGAGACACCACCUUGGGGUUCUUGGUCUCCCAUGCAGCCGCCGCUGCUUGGGGGGUGGGUGUGGACGGGGGCGUGGACAUGCCUGCUGUGGGGCGUGGCCUGGGGGAGACACACAACCCCGGGCACGGCACCCACGAGGCAGUGUCCCCUUCAAACUGAGCCCGCGGCUAAGGGCAGGGCCUGGGGCUGGGAGCCGAGGGCGCCUCUAGUUCCAGGACGGGCACCCCGGGGUCUGCGGUGUCCUGCGGAGCUGACUCGGGGUCCCGCAGAUGGACGCCCGCCCUGCACACCGCCGGGCAGAGCGCACGUGUUGUCCCGGCUGCUGACACACGACACCGACCCGGCUUCGGGGUGCAGCUGCGCGUCGCGUCACGGAAAAGCAGAUGCGCAGAGCCCAGCCCCGUGUUUGUGAUGUGGUGAAGUUGGUGGGUUUCUCUGCUCACCUGAGGGUCGGGGAGGCCCCACCCUGGGGGGCGGCUUCUGCACCGGCUCUGGGAGUCACCAGCCUGAGGACGUGUCUCGGGUUCACCCGCAGGAAGCAGAGUCUCACUGGCUGUCUCUCCCGCGGUCUUGAAGGACUCGUCCCUCUGCCGUCGCUUCCCCACUGGAGCUCGAGUUUAUUCCCGGGCUUGUCCCCUCCUGGCAGGGGCUGCAGGGGGGCCGCCGGGAGCAGGGAGGGGAGAAGCCUCCGGCUGUGUGGGCUCACGGCCCUGCCUCUGGGCCGCUCCCCCCGACCCCGUGCAUGCGGCGGUUCGCGGCAGGAGGAGCCGAGUGCCACCCUGGACGUAACUAGAGGUCACCUCGACACCCCCCACUGCCACACCCGGAGCACAGGUUUAUAACCAAAUUUUCUGGUAAAAUGUGCUUUUCCGGUUAGCGGGUCCGCCGGUCCCCCAGGUGUGAAGCGUCUCCCGUCCGGGUCAGGACUCCCCGGGUAGCGGGACGAGACGGUGUGCGGGGAGCUGUGGUGUCACUCCGCGGGGGACGUCCCUGCACCUGCGAGCACCAGGUCAUCGCGGCCCACAGACUCGUGGGGCAGCUGGUCUCA